AUGGACAAUCAUGGCGGUUCCUCUUCUGAACGCUUCAUGGAGCUUACGCAGAAUCCCCAUCAUCGAACUGCGCCCAGUGAACCCUAUCGCCACGUAGCGAAUCCGAAAUUGCUCCAUGGCGAAGCAAUCACGUCGGCCAUUCAAGGCGAAGACAUGGUUUCUCGCCAUCGAACCGCGUCAACCUUUGACACGGAGAGUCAGGCUCCUACAUAUUUGUCCGCCACCGAUCCUCUAGAUCUCAGCCGCCGUCUGAAAUCCAAGUCCGAACUGGACCGCAUCACGGCGAAUACCGCCCGGAAACGCAAUGCAAUCUGCAACCCUAUGGUCAUUGCAGGCCAGGCGCCGCAGUCCAAAGUCACCGACUUUUACGAGACACAAAAUGAACAGAUCCAGAGGUUUUUGAAGCCGGUGGACGAACAUGUCAGGGAAGCAAGAGACGCACAAGCAUCUAACCACCUGCGGUACCAGAUCGCGGUGUAUGGCAGUUUUGUGGCCAACAUCAUCCUGGCCGCGCUGCAACUGUACGGGGCCAUUUCGUCGGGCUCCCUAUCUCUCUUCACCACGAUGGCGGACGCGAUCUUCGACCCCAUGUCCAACGUCACUUUGAUCCUGUCGAACAAAGCGGUGCAGAAGGUGGACGGGAGGAGAUUCCCGGCGGGAAGAGCGCGCAUCGAGACGGCCGGGAACAUAGUGUUCUGUUUCCUCAUGACCGCAGUCAGUCUCAUCCUGAUUGCCUUUUCCGUGCAGGAGCUGAUCAGGGGCCACGAGAGCGAGACCAAGAAUUUUCACCUCCCGUCCGUCAUUGCGGUGUCGGUCGCCUUCUGCACGAAGCUCGGCCUGUUUCUGUACUGCUGGGCCCUGCGGAACGCGUACUCGCAGGUGCGGAUCUUGUGGGAAGACCACCGAAACGAUUUGUUCAUCAACGGCUUCGGUGUGCUCACCUCCGUCGGAGGCAGCAAACUGCGAUGGUGGAUCGACCCUGCCGGCGCCAUUGUUCUGUCUGCUCUCAUCUCCCUGCUGUGGCUACAUACCGCAGCCUCGGAGUUCCAGCUCCUCAUCGGUAUCACUGCCGACACCGAGAUGCAGCAACUGAUCACUUACGUGAGUAUGACCCACAGCGACCAUAUCAAGCAACUCGAUACCGUUCGAGCUUGGCAUUCCGGCCCGCGGCUGGUCGUCGAGGUCGACGUCGUCAUGGAUCCCCAGGAGAGCUUGCGGGUUUGCCACGAUGUCGCCGAGGACCUGCAGAUGAAGCUGGAGAGUCUGCCUGAUGUAGAGAGAGCCUAUGUCCAUAUCGACUACAAUGGGCAUCAUCCGCCAGAGCAUUUCUUGAAGAAGGAGCUGUAA